GGUACAGGCAGCAUCGCGCUGCACAAUGGUUUCCAGGCAGUGAAAGAGGGUGAUUCAGCAGCCCUUCUUCUUCUUCUUCUUUUUUUUAAAAACCUCCCCUUCUUUUUUUUAUUUUUAUGGGGGUGGAUGGUGCUUGUUAUUUGCUUACCUUUUUUUUUCUUUUUUCGUUUUUACAAUUUUCCUUUUUUCUCCUCACCCCUCAAUUCCUAGGGGUUUGAGUGACUUUAAGAUUGGGUUUUCUUGGGAAACAUCUGCCAGUCAGUCAUUGUAGACAAUUUGCCCACCUCCAAAGAAUCUACUUAUUACAGUUUGGAAUGUGGUUAACGAGAAACAAGUAGGGAGGAUUUCUGGGGCAAACACUGCUGGAUCAGGAUCGUACUUCUCAAGCACGGAAUGGCUAGUGUGAGAAACACCAAUGGCAGGACCAUCUCAGAUCUUCGUUAUGGCAAUUCAUGCAAAAAGCUGUUGAAUUAGGCAUAUUUCCUAUAGAUGAGAAACCAUACAAGCAGUGGUAUUUAUGAGCCUCCAUUUAUUGCACUACUGCAGUGAACCAACCUUGGAUGUGAAAAUUGCCUUUUGUCAGGUGUGUGUUCCUUACAGGUAAAACAAGGGAUUCAAUAAACAAGUGGAUGUGUCAUAUAUUGCCAAACAUUACAACAUGAGCAAAAGCAAAGUUGACAACCAGUUCUACAGUGUGGAAGUGGGAGACUCAACCUUCACAGUUCUCAAGCGCUACCAGAAUCUAAAGCCUAUUGGCUCUGGGGCUCAGGGAAUAGUUUGUGCUGCGUACGAUGCUGUCCUUGACAGAAAUGUGGCCAUUAAGAAGCUCAGCAGACCCUUUCAAAACCAAACACAUGCCAAGAGAGCUUACCGGGAGCUGGUCCUCAUGAAGUGUGUGAACCAUAAAAAUAUUAUUAGUUUAUUAAAUGUCUUCACACCCCAGAAAACACUGGAGGAGUUCCAGGAUGUUUACUUAGUAAUGGAAUUGAUGGAUGCCAAUUUGUGUCAGGUGAUUCAGAUGGAAUUAGACCAUGAGCGAAUGUCUUACCUGCUAUACCAAAUGUUGUGUGGUAUCAAGCACCUUCACUCUGCUGGAAUUAUUCACAGGGAUUUAAAACCAAGUAACAUUGUAGUCAAGUCUGAUUGCACAUUGAAAAUCCUUGACUUCGGACUAGCCAGGACAGCAGGCACAAGCUUCAUGAUGACUCCUUACGUGGUGACACGUUAUUACAGAGCCCCCGAGGUCAUCCUGGGGAUGGGCUACAAGGAGAAUGUGGAUAUAUGGUCUGUGGGAUGCAUUAUGGGAGAAAUGGUUCGCCACAAAAUCCUCUUUCCAGGAAGGGACUAUAUUGACCAGUGGAACAAGGUAAUUGAGCAACUAGGAACACCAUGUCCGGAAUUUAUGAAGAAAUUGCAACCCACAGUAAGAAACUAUGUGGAGAAUCGGCCCAAGUAUGCAGGACUCACCUUCCCCAAGCUCUUUCCAGAUUCCCUCUUCCCAGCGGACUCUGAGCACAAUAAACUCAAAGCCAGCCAAGCCAGGGAUUUGUUGUCAAAGAUGCUAGUGAUCGACCCAGCAAAAAGGAUAUCAGUGGAUGAUGCCUUACAGCACCCAUACAUCAAUGUCUGGUAUGACCCUGCCGAAGUGGAGGCGCCUCCACCUCAGAUUUAUGACAAACAGUUGGACGAAAGAGAACACACCAUUGAAGAAUGGAAAGAACUUAUCUACAAGGAAGUUAUGAAUUCAGAAGAAAAGACUAAAAAUGGUGUUGUAAAAGGACAACCUUCUCCUUCAGGUGCAGCAGUGAACAGCAGUGAGAGUCUCCCUCCAUCCUCGUCUGUCAACGACAUCUCCUCCAUGUCCACCGACCAGACCCUGGCAUCUGACACCGACAGCAGCCUGGAAGCCUCGGCAGGACCCCUGGGUUGUUGCAGGUGACUAGCCGCCUGCCUGCGAAACCCAGCAUUCUUCAGGAGAUGAUGCGAUGGAACACACACACACACAUGCACACACAUACACACACACACACAUGCACACACACAAACGUAGAUACACAAUGACAAGAAAAUGCAAGGGAGAGAAUCCAAGCCUAAAAUUGAAAUGAAUCUUUCAGCCUGCCGCUUCUCCAGAGUGUGUACUGCAGCUAAGCCAAAUGCACACUUAGCUUCUAGCUGCUCUUGCUUUGGCCUUCCUCCCACAAUGCUUACCACAGAAAGCAAACCAAACACAAUUAGAAAAGCCUUUCCAUAAAGUGUAAUUUUUAAUGGCUUGUGCAAAAUCAGACCUGUAACUGCCCUUUCAAAUGGCAUGACACCGUGUGCAGUGGCCCCAUCCAGCAUGUGUGUGUCUCUAUCUUGCAUCUACCUGCUCCUUUUGGCCUAGUCAGAUGGAUGUAGAUACAGAUCUGCAUGUGUCUGUAUUCAGACGGCACUAUUUCCUUAGAGAUGCUGCUGUCAGUGUCCUCAGAGCCCAACCAAGACAUCACGCACUGGGGCACCAUGUGGUCCAUUUCAUGUGAUCUAUUACUCUGACAUAAACCCAUCUGUAAUAUAUUGCCAGUAUAUAAGCUCUUUAGUUUGUUAAUUAAUUAAGCUGUAUGUCUUACAAGAAAAACAUGUAAAGGGGGAAAUAUGGGGGGAAUGAGCUCUCUCGGACCCUUGAAGAUGUAGCGUCCGAAUUUGAACUGAUUAAAUGGCACCUGUAUACCAAUUUGUAGACAGAACAUAUGUGAUGCUUAUGUACAGUGUGGGGGCGGGAGGGGUUAGCAGUUUCCAGGUACUAAAUGGUUUAACCUUUAGAAGGAAGAUAGGAAUAGAAGCUGAGGGUCUUUUCUCUGACAGUGAGCAGGAGGAACUUAGGGGAUAGUGUUACAGUGCA